AUGUUUCAAAGUUUGUUUGGAAGCCUUUUAAAUAACCUUUAUCGUUACGCAAAUGAAAAUGUUUCGGUGAGGCAUCUCUCUUUAAUUUGCAUUACCUCUUUUUUAACUACCAUUUACUCGCUUAAAAACUGUUCAGUUUAUAGAAGAUCUUGCCGUAUUUUUCAGCCCUAAAUCAUUCGGGUUCUUUCGGAAAGAAUUUCGUCAAGUUUGAAAAAAAAUGUUAUUUACCUGCUAAGGGUCGGUCGGUAUGGUGAAAAACUGUGACCUCGGUCUUGAAAAUACUGCCCUCGGCCUACGACCUCGGGCAGUUUUUCACUGUAAGGACCUCCCAGCCGGCAAGUAACUUACAUCUAUUUUUGGUUGUAAAAUUUGCAUAUACAUAUAAGACCUUGCUCCACGGUGAUUGACUGUUUCAGCACAAUUUUAGCCUAAUCAGUGAUCAGCUUUUACUUUCUCUUCAAAAUAUCAGACCAUUAUUAGUAGGUGUAGACUGUUGGGCUCAAAGGGUUGAAAUCUUAAGUUUUCACUUAGUAGGUCUGAUUAGUCAACUAGUGUAGCAUACCCCUUCUAUCGUCCAAUGUGUAAUUGCACAAUUUCCGAUCACAGGUCCUUAAAUUUAAGGUGUCCAUUGAGGUUGUUUAAUGAAAGAAGUAUCAAUACAUCUGACUUUCUUGUCCUAAAAUUACUUUAUCAUACUGUAUGCUUUGGUCAUAGUUCAACAAUUUGUAUUAAAUUCAUUGUCAUUGGUUCUUUUAUUGUUAGAUGUCCAGGUAUUAAGGACAAUAAUACAUUUUUUUGGUUAUCGCAAGGUAUUUACUCACUUUUUGUCUUCUGGUACAGAUGGUCAAACAAAUGAGGCAUCCAUAUAAAAUACCUAACUAUCAAUAGCCAUGCAAUCGUUGAUAUUCUCAAAUAGUUUAAUUAUACCCACUCCUAAAAUGUCUUAAACUCUGGCAUACGAAAAUGAUACUUCUGCUGAAGAGAUAAACUGGAACAAAUAACCCAGUCAACAUAAUGGAGCCAUUUGGUACAAAUGAUCAAACUGAUAAAAAGGAGUCAAGUGAUGCAAAUUAGCAUCCAGUAAUCCAGAGGUAACAAAUGACCUAUUUGGCUCAAAUAUUCCUACCAGCAUGAAUAACACAUGAAUGAAGUGGACAGAAUGAACCAAGUGACCAAACAGCCAUAAUUUGCAUGAGUUUUUUCAUCAUUUUUUAGUACUUGUAUGUGUAAGAAACACAUCCACAGAAGAAAAAAAACAGUCAAUGGUGGAAAUUAUGGCCAGUUUGAAACAUAUACUGCCCUAAGUAAUGUCUAUGGGUUUUUUAAAACCCAGAUAUAUCCUGUUGAGAGCUUCUUUCUAAAUUUGUGAAAUUACUUGUACAACAAACUUUUCACGUUGUGCAUGGUCAAGUAUAAUUUUCAUUACGCACAAGGAUAAGGACAAGUAGGUCAAGUAUAUCCUUAACCGAUUAAAGCAUUAUACAUCAGAGCUUCUUUCUAAGUAUGUUAAAUUACUUGUACAAUUAACCUUACACUUUGUUUUACGAAAGUAUAAUUUUCGGUACACACUUGGAUAAGAAACAAAUAGCCACAUCCACAACUAUGGUACCAGAACAGCCAGUAAUUAUCAAACGCAUUUGUGCCGUACAAAUCUCAAGCAAUUUACAAUUCUCCAUCAGGGUCCUAAAAUUUGGAACUCUCUUCCUGUUUUAGUCACUCAUUCCUCAAACCUUCUUAGCUUUAAGACAAAAAUGCAAGAGUUUUUAAAUAAAUAAUCAUUGAAUUGGCCUAGCCACACAUUUACAGGACUUUCUCUUAACUUGAUUUGUUAUUGUAAGUGAGGUGACUCUUCCACAGGCCCGGUGGCUUGCUGGGUCUCCUCGCCUUCUAGCCAUUAACGCUGUAAAGAAAUUUUUGUAUUGUUAAAAUAAGGCAAAUAAAAGAAAAGAUGAUGACAGUGUAAAUGCUUCAUUACACCUCCUUAUAUUUAUUAUACCUCCUCAUAUUCAUUACAUUAUCAUAAAGGGUUCCAAUUGAGGUUUCAUCCUGAACCUAUGCCUUCUGUGUGCUACAAAAGGAACUAGGGCAUCUUUCUGUGCUUUCAAAGCAUCUUUGUGUUGCUAAUAUAGGGUUGUGUUCUGUGCAUCAUGAUUUCUGAUAUUCGCAGCUGUGUAUUGGCUUACUACAUUGAUGUGAUUACACCAACCUUGGAGGACCAAGAUCGUUUCACUGUCGUGUCUGUUGUUGUUCAAUAGAGUUUCCGUAUACGCUCUCUAAUGGUAGGUUUCUGUCGUUUGUUCGCUGAUCAGAGUUUUAUUGAAUCUCGUGUUGAUUUAUAUGAAGAUAGAAUAAGCAAAAUUGUUCACGGGUGCAAUCAUGGUGUCACUAAUAUCAGCAGUCCUCUCCAAGUUAUUAUUAUCAGUCAUACUCAAUUGCAAUUCCACAUAACUUCAAUUCAAAUCUAGAAAAUCCCCUUGGGCAUCCACUUGAAAAUUCGUGGACAUUAUUGUUCGUUCUUUCUUCUUGUGGUGCAUUUCAUCAACCACUUGACGGUUUUAGUUUUUUAUUGUUGGGAAAUUCGAAAUUGCCACCAUUGAUGGGUAACGUCACGAUGAUUCCAUUAGUGGAUUCACCUGUUUUAAUGGCAGCGUGUUCACUGCUUUCUUUGCGAAAAUACACUUUGAUUAGGUAGAAAAAUUGUUGACACACUGGAAUAUAUUGAAUGUUUGAGGGUUCGUAAUAUUUCGUCGAGGGUACAUAAUGUAUUUUGAGGAAGACGUGUCAUCUGAUUUCUUACAAACGUACCAGUAGCCACAUUCUAUUCGACUCAUAGGGUCCUUUCGGUGCUAUGCUUUUGAGGUACAUUGCAUCCCAUCAUGUUUGUGAAACAGCGCUUUAGGUUCGUGAAUUUCUAAUUGCUAAAGACAUUGAGAUAAAGAUAAUCCGCAUCCACUUUUCAAUAUGCCCUAUAAUCCAGGGUUCAAUCCAAGGGUUUUUCCAGAGACACCAUGUGUAGAUUAUGAUUUUGAAUGGUGUAUUUGUUAUUCAAAGCAUUGUAAUGAACAAGUCCAUAGCCGUCAGAGCCUUAGUAUCUUCUGUAGAGUUCAAAAUCUUUUAGGGAAGCUCAAGGUUGAUCGCUUGACCAGAUUUUUGUUACCUCUAUAAUUAAUAACAGCUUUUUCUCAUUUUUAAUAUUAACUCUAUUGGGUAUAAGUUGAGCUGGGGUUAAUACUAUUUUUACUUUUUCAAAGUUGAAGUACACCCCAGGGGGCAGGAAAUAUCGAUAUGAUAGCAAUCCGCUUUCAAAUGUUUUUGUUCCUCUUUGUGAAGCAAUCGUUGGCCAUAGGAACACUAUAUCUCUCCUCUUGUGGGUAGACUGAUUGUGUUGCAUCACAUCCUCCCAUUAGAAUUUUGCUGGGCAUGAGCUACAGUGCUGCACAAAAUUCCUGGCAGUCUUGGACAAUGUGCUGCCUAAUGUCCCCGAGGGCACAUCCCUCUCACAGCCCAAGCACUUAGCUGUUGUGUCUUCCAUCAUUUUGGCCCCAUAUAAGUUUUGACAGGAACUCAUUCUUGGCUACUUCCACAUGUUAUGAGGUUUUUUUACAGACAAAAUAUCGCAUACAUCAAUGUUUUGUUCAAUUGCGUUAUUGUUAUGCGUUACAAUACAAGUCUUAAAAUAAAUCAAUUUCAUCCGGGAUACUUCGAUUUUGGAUGUCAUGCAUCGAUGUUGUGCAGCAUACAUCGCUUUCCUGACUCAUUCACACGUGACUUUAUGUAACUAAAAGAUGUACGAUAACACUAAAAGAUGAGGAAGCGGAAAUAGAAAUAAGCGGAAGUCAGAGGCCCUGGGAACUAACACUUUCAAAAUGGCGUAAAUAAAGGCAGAUGAUUAGUGAAAUUUGAGAAGCACUAUGCAAGGUGCACGGAUUUGGCUGCCCAACAUCGAAUGAUUUUUUACGUCUUUAGGUGGGGUACUGAAAAGUGCAGAAGUGCAAAGGAACAUUGCGUCCUACAACUCAGCUGAAGUUUUUAGUCGCCCUUUAAGAGAAAAAGAAAAGAACUCUGGUCACUUUGACGCUAAGAAUAGAAGAAGCCUUCCCAGAUGAAUUUGAGGUGAUCUCUGAUCUGAACGAACUUAUUUUUCUUAUGAACGAACUUUCAAGGGACUUUAACAGAAUUGUCGAGGACUCGGAACGUUCUACGUUUACUGCAUCAUCGUCCCUAAGCGAUCGUCUUUCGACUGUGGCUAGGAAAGGUUUAGUUGGCUGACUAAGGCUACAGAUCUUACAGCAACAGCUGCAAACUCUGCACAUGUGACGCCGGUUUUCGUUGGGCUGAUAUCGCAAGAAUUCUCUCUGAACUUUGCGCUGUCGAAGAGAUGAAUUUGGGUUGCCAGUUGGUGUGGGAGAGAAUUUCAGUGAUGUCUCCAAAGAUGACCUUGUGGAAUAUGUGAGGGAAAUUCUUAAAGUGACACCAAGCGCUGGUCAAUGCCUGGUUGAAGGUGGCUCGAGGCAAAGGGGCUUACGAAUCCAGUGCCAUUGUAUUCAAGAAUCUAUUCGAAGAGUGGAUCUGGUUCUUCGCACUUUAAGAGCAGCACAGCAGGUAAUUCGUAGAGUGUACGGUGUGCCAUGCCCCAAUGCAUUAUAGUAAAGGAAAAUAAUUUGUUGAAGCGCUAUUCAGUUAACACACCAUCUUCUCUCUAACGAGUCUCUGUUUAAAUGGGUCUCCUUUUUUAAACAGGCCCCCCUACACCAUAAGACUCGUCCAACAUUCUUCUCAAAAUAGUCAGGCAGUUUUUUAUUUCUCUAAGGACAACACUUCCUUGGGGGGGGGACUCCUGUGUAAAAAGGACAGGGAUGCUUGUCAUACUUUUCAGGGUUUAAAAUGCAGGUUUGGUACCUCUUAUGAUGUUCAGCUCCAAAAGGUCCACAGCAGGAGCUUUUACACUACCUCUUAGGUAGGGUCUUAAGCCAAAAAAAAGGAUAGCUAGGGUUAACUGUGUUGUUUCAGAAUUGUUUCCUCUCAGGGGUGAAAAACAUUUCAAGCUAUGCCCACAAAACAGGAACUUGAUACCUUUCAAGGGUUAUUUUCAAAAUUUCUGACAAUCCCUCCUGUCCUCUAUAUAUGGGAGUUCCCCCAACACAUGGGCAACACUGGUUUUAACUCUGUGAUACAAAGGAGGUCAGGCAGUAAUUUUGACGCAUGAGCAUUAAUGCCAAUUCGACUCAUGAUUUGAGAUACCUCCCCCAAUUCUAUUUAGCCCCCUCACUAAUCACCCUAGCCCAGUUUCCCAGCCCCUACCUUCUUCUGAUAUUAUGCUCAAAAUUCCUGACUAUCAUGCUUGUUACUCAUGGGUGGUCAACAAAUGCCUCUUCUUGUUGUUAUGAUUAUUAUUGUUGUUGUUGUCAUUGUUAUUAUUAUCAUUACCACUAUUACUCAGAUAGGCAGAUUUAACUUUUUUUACAUACCAUAUUUUAACAAAACUUAUGUGUGGUAGUGCAGUGGAACAAUGUCUCCAUGGUGUCCAACAAGGACAUUGAUGGCAACCACAAACUAAUCCAGCCAUACAGAAUUGUCAUUUAUGGUGGUUUAGAUGGUUUUUUAAGAAUGAUAGUAUUCCUUCAGGCAUCAACCAACAACAGGGCUUCAACUGCAUUGCAGCAUUUCCAGUCAGCUGUUGAGCACUACAAUUUACCAUCAAGAGUUCGCAGUGAUCUUGGAAUGGAAAACAUAGAAGUUGCUUGCUUCAUGCUGCAAGAAAGAGGUUUAAGUAGAGGCAGCCACCUCACUGGAAAAUCUGUUCAUAACCAAAGAAGAGAGCAUCUCUGGUGUGAUGUCAACCGGGUCAUCGUGAGCUGCUUUUUGAACAAUUUUCUCUUUCUUGAGCACAGUGGAAUUUUAGAUCCAACAGAUGAGGUGCAUCUGUUUUGUAUUCAUCUAGUCUACAUUCCACUGAUUAAUAAUGUAAGCACACAAUGCAAUUUCUCUCCCAAUCAGCUCUGGAUACAAGGAAUGCUACAUUUCUGAAAUAUAUUACAUCAGGCUGUGACAGAUGUGACUGCCAACAAGGCUGUUAAUUUUGACCAUUGUGGGGUUGAUGAAGAAGGGCCUGUACCAGACAUGCAGAGAGACUAUGUAAUUUCGGUACCUGACAUAAUUACUACUCUGACACAUAACCAAGAAUUGUCACUGCAAGAAGCUAGAGAUGCAGUCUUCCAAACUGGUAAUCAUGACGGAAUCAUAGCCAACCAAGUGGUAUUACAGAUUGCUUCUUUCUGUUUAAACUGCGGGUCAUGAUUUACUGUAUUAAUUUCAUGUACUUGGAAUGAACUCUAAAUACAGUUAGUAUAAAUUGGUUACUACUAUACAUGUGAGUAUGCCAAGAAUUAAAUUACUAAUGACAGUGUAAAUGGGAAACAAUAACAAUAAUCAGUUGUAAUUUUUUUUUUCUUUUUUUUUUUUUUUUAGUGUGUGCGUUCAAUCAUGAUAGGUAUGUUCAUCUUCGCUCUUCAGGUUUUUGGUCUUAUCUGCGGCUAUACUCACCAAACUAGUCUCAAAACCACCUCAAAUUUUUCGUUAUGCGAUAGUUUCCUCCUAGAAAACCUUAAAGUAAUUGAUAUUCGAAUUGCAGGCAGUUUUUGGAGCCAUGUGCAGGUUAGUCGUUGCUCUUCUCGUCGUCGCCGAGGGCGCCAUGUUAGAAGAUGUGCCUCAAACAAAUAUCUCUAUUUGUGCAUUCUUCUUCUUCUGGCUUCCAAUGACAUCCAUAGAAACCCUGGUCCACCAUUGGGAAAGAAUACUCGUAACAUAUCUUCCUUUAACGCAAGAAGUAUCGUCAAUAAAAGACUGGAGCUUCAGAGUCAUGUAG